AUGCACCAGCAACUCUCCAUUCCAGUGACUUGCAAAAUCCGCAAAGUGCUGACGGCCCCAGAUAGCACAGCUUACGACGGCCUGCGCGCCUCAGCUGCUGCUGCUGCUGCGCCUGCAGCAGCAGCAGCAGCAGCAGCAGAGCGGCAGCUCGACCGCCUGCUGUCUUAUGCUUUGGAAGCAGCAGUAAUUGCUAACGGAGGAGUGGAGACAAAAGAAGAUGCAGUCCGGUGUCUAAAAGUGACAGGAGCAGACGCAGUAAUGGCUGCUGAGGGCAUUCUAGACAAUCCCUCUUUGUUUGCUGGUGCUGCUGCUUUGCUGCAGCAGCAGCUGCUGCAGCAGCUGGCCCCCUCUUGGCAGCCCCCGGCGGUGCGCCUGGGGGUUCUCUCCGAAGCAGACCUCUCCCCGCCCCCCAGCAGCAGCAGCAGCUGCAGCAGCAGCAGCAGCAGCAGCUGUGGGGUGUCGGCGUGGCAGCGGGUGUGUCUGAUGAAAAGGUACUUGGACAUCUGCGGUGUAUAUACACCUCCCCACAGUGGCUGCGCAAAGGCCCACCUGUUCAGGUGUCUCCAUCCCAUUCUUGCAGCAGCACCAAACUGGAGAGACACGCUCCACCAGAGCAGCUGCAUGGAGGACCUACUAGCGCUGAUGGACUGCAUAUACAACCACUUUGCUGCUACCAGCAGCAGCAGCAGCAGCAGCGACAGCAGCAGCAGCAACAGCAACACGUGGUACCGUCGCCACAGAAGGGGGACAGAAAAGGAUGAAGAGACAGAAGAAGCCACAGACAAAGAAGCAGCAGCAGCAGCAGAUCCUUGCUCUCUAGCUGCUGAAGGAUUUGAAGGCUUGUUUGGCUAG